GGGAGACGAAAGAAAUGAGUUAUUAUUUCGGAGAAAUCAACUGAACCAAUUAGUCUAACAUUCUUUUAUCCUUAUUUCUUUAGUUGUCCUGCGAGAAACACAGCUUCGAGAAACAGAAUCGCCCACUCGAUCCGAUUCCACCAUAAUCGGAUCUUUCUUCAACCAAAGUCUGUCGCCAUUCGUGGCAGUCGUCGGCGCCGGAAUUCUGCAUGUUAAUGAAAUUGUGAAUUGAUGAUGAGCGCACGAGCUACCCAGUAACAUGGCAUGAACUUUAUAUUGUUCUAUCCUUGAAGGUUAAGCUAGCUUAAAGCCUUAAACAAUACAAGGAUGUUUUCUUUGUUUUAUGGACUAUGGAAGUACCUCUUCAGCAAGAUGGAGCUUCAUGUACUCAUUUUGGGCAUUGAUAAGGCUGGCAAAACGACUUUGCUGGAGAAGAUGAAGUCAGUGUACUCAAACUUAGAAGGCCUUUCUCCCGAUCGAAUUGUUCCAACUGUGGGAUUGAAUAUUGGUCGCAUUGAAGUGGCGAGUAGAAAACUUGUGUUCUGGGACCUAGGAGGUCAGCCUGGUCUUCGGUCAAUCUGGGAGAAAUAUUAUGAAGAGGCACAUGCUGUAAUAUUUGUGGUAGAUGCUUCUUGUCCCUCACGCUUUGAAGAUGUGAAGUCUGCACUUGAAAAGGUGCUUCGGCAUGAGGAUCUACAAGGAGCACCUCUUUUGAUAUUAGCGAACAAGCAGGAUCUUCCUGAAGCAGUAUCAGCUGAAGAACUUGCUCGGUAUCUAGAUUUAAAGAAGCUGGAUGAAAGAGUUUACAUGUUUGAAGCUGUGUCAGCAUAUGAUGGGAUUGGGAUUAGGGAAAGUGCAGAAUGGUUGGUGGAGGUGAUGGAGAGAAGCAAGAGGACUGAAAUGUUAAGAGUGAGGGCUGGUGCAAUGGGUCCAGGUCCAUAGAAGGCUCUUGCAAUAUACCGAAGUGAUUUCUCCAUUCCUUUAUAGCUUUGUAAAUCCAAAUUGGAUUAUACGUGAUAAGCAGUCGUUGAGAAGAAAAGGUAUAAAGAAUAACUUGGUGCUACAUUUAACUGAGCCUUGAAAUUUUAAGCCAUGGUUUAAUUUGUAAUACAACAGUUUUACGAGAGAGGUUCAGUCUCCAGUAUCUCUUAGAGCAAGUUUUCUUCUAACAUGCCUUAUAAGCAAUCUGUCAAAUGCUGGGAGGGUCUUCUACUUCUGCCUCCGUGCAUACUUUUGCCAAUUCUAUAUUGUAAUUUGUAUGGUUCAUUUGAAUGAAUUUAAUUUGCUUUCCUAUCUGUAGCAUUAUAUAACACUGCCUUGCCAUAUAGAUCCUGGUAGUGGCGUGGUAUUCCGAAGA